GCCGCUGUGUACCGUGAGUGAGUAAGGGGAGAGCUCUGUUUGGCUCGAGGCACUUCUCCUCCUCCUCCUCCAUCUGCACUCCCUGAUUCUGUCGGGACCAGGAGGAAGAAGAAGACUUUCAAUAGAAACGAGUCUCUCUAUCUCUAUCUCUAUCUCUCUCUCUCUCUCUCUCUCUCUCUCACUCAUUGUUUCGGAGACAGUCCAACGAGCCAAUUUCUCCAACGGAUACAACCAUUCUCCUGAUGAUCAGACUGAUCUAAUCCUGGUCCUCUUCCUCCUCCUCCUCCUCCUUCUGCUGCUCCUGCUCUUUUUCCUCCUCGAUCGGUGCACCCUGCCCAUUGAAGAGCUAGUAGUGCCUUCCCCCGCGUCUGCAUUCUGCAUCCCUCCCCCAUCCCUCCUCUCUCCAGUCACAGGCUUCUUCUCCUCUCGCCCUCUCGCCCUCUCGCCCUCUCAUCCCCCAGAGAGUUUUCUCACUCCCCUCUCCCGUCCUAUCUCUCUAUACCUCCCUCAAUCCCUCCCUCCCUAUCUCGCUGCUUUCGCUCUGUGUGUGUGCGUGUGUGCGCUUUUUAUUCAUCAGUCGUGUAUCUUACCACGGCGAAAACAUUUCCUACGUACAGCGCACGCACGUGAAACACCACCGAUUACAACAAAUUCGAGUGUGGGCGAAAUUUUGUUCUCCUGUCAUCCGCCUCCACUUCGUUCGUAGCGGACUGGUCGCUCUUCGAAGCCACGAGGUUGGGAGCAACCCCUUGCGGCGAUGCCCGACUUCAUUCGUGUUGAACUUACAGUUUACAGCGUUCAGCAUCGGGAGGAGUCCUAGCGGGUGCUGAGUUUGUAUUUACAGGCGAGAAAAAAUCCUGAGUGCUGAGUAAUAGAUUGCUCGAGGUGGAUCAUUCUGCGACAGAUUCAUCUCGAACACUCUGUCGACGUUUGGAAUCGAUCUCAGGACGAGACUGCCGUUCGAUCACAAGAGACUGCGGGGCGAAUUGGUGGGUUUUGAAGCUGGGUACUGUUAUCUCCGUAGCAUCUCGACUCGCAGAUGGUAGUUGGCGGUGCGCGCGUUCUCAGACACUCGUGAAGAUCGUUCCUUCCGACUUUCAACGAUUCUCGGCAUUCAUUUUUAGUCCGGGAAAAUCGUUCUCAUUUGUGGCGACGAGGAGAUGUGGGGAGGUGAUAGUUUCAUGAGGGGGCCUGGAGGCCACUUAGGGUCGAAAUCAGCUCCGUGCUCGCCUGUCAAGCCAUUUCAAAAGCGCGUCCCUGCACAGCCGGACUCUUUUCACGUCAUUCACAAGGUGCCACUUGGGGACUCUCCAUACGUGAAGGCCAAACAUGUGCAGCUGGUGGACAAGGAUCCGGAUACUGCAAUUGCUCUGUUCUGGGCUGCGAUCAAUGCAGGCGAUCGAGUGGACAGUGCGUUGAAGGACAUGGCUAUAGUUAUGAAGCAGCAAAAUCGACCGGAGGAGGCAAUUGAAGCCAUUAAAUCCCUUCGCUACCGCUGCUCCGAUGCAGCUCAGGAAUCUCUGGACAACGUCUUAUUGGACCUGUACAAGAGGUGCGGGAGGCUGGACGAUCAAAUUGCGCUCCUCAAGCACAAGCUCCAUCUCAUUCACCAGGGCAUGGCCUUCAAUGGCAAACGUACGAAGACGGCACGAUCACAAGGGAAGAAGUUCCAAGUAUCCAUCGAGCAGGAAGCCACCCGGUUGCUGGGAAACUUGGGGUGGGCCUACAUGCAACAGAGCAACUUUUUGGCUGCCGAGGCCGUCUACCGAAAAGCGUUGUCUAUUGGGCCGGACAACAACAAAGUGUGCAACUUGGGCAUUUGUCUGAUGAAGCAGGGAAGAUUGGAGGAAGCCAAGUCCAUGCUGCAGAGCGUGGUUCCUGCGUGCCCCGAUACUCGAUGGGGCUCGGAUUCGCACUUGAAAUCUUACGAGCGGGCCCAGGAAAUGCUUCUGGAGCUAGAGGCCUCCAUGGGUCGGUCGAGUGGUCUGCCCAGCGCCAUGAUUCCAUCUCAGGUCAACAGUCUUCUGCAGUCGUCUUUGUGGCAACCGCAAGCUGCUGGCUCUCAUGCUCAGACUCAGACUCAAUCUCAGAGCCAGAACCAGAGAUCGAUGGAAGAGAAGAGCGAUUACUCGCUCCAAGACCUUUUCUCCGGAGCCCUCUCGGCAACCGCCGGAUUUGGACCUGCUCCCCCUGCGAAUUCCAGGCCGAUGCAGAAGAAAAUGGCCCCAUCGAUACAGCACAACAAUCAGAACGCACAGCAGCAGCAGCAGCGACAACAAGAACAACAACGUCCCAGGACUGCGCACGACCUCGGAAGCAGCCAAUUCCAGGGAUUCCAAACCUCCAGCUACCAACCUGUGUGGGAUGAUUACGAAUCCGAGUACGACUCCGAGUUCGAAUCGGAGAACGUGGACACGAAUAUUCAAGGAGUGUCGCAAGUUCUCGCGGCCGAAUCGUCCCACUUCCAACAACUUCAACAAAUGCAGCAGUGGCCGGGCGAAGCACUGCACAGGCAGAGAUCGGAGAACCUUUCAGGGGCACGCUCGGAGUCGAAUUUCGGUCACCAGCAGCCCCAGCAGCAGCAGCAGAUGCCGCUAGGAGUGAAGAGAGUAGACCGCAACUUGAACUUCGGUGGUUCACUCAGAGAGAAUACAGCCUCCUACAACAAUAACAACAACAACAGCAACAGCAACAGCAACUCUCAUCCGUUCGCACAACAGCAGCAGAGGGAUGGCGGAAUGAGUGAUAAACAUCAAAUCUUUUCCACCACUUCACAAAAUCAGAAGCCUGUGGUCAAUGAGAGAGCUCCUCUGGCAUACGACCGCACGAACGUGUACAAAUCUGUAGAGGAGGAGAACAAGCUGACGACGGAUGGGUGGGGCAAGCCCUCGAAAAGCCCCCUGGGGAACUCAGAAUUGAGCUUCUUCUCCCGGUGGGGAUACAAUGAGAACAGGGCAUCAGUUCGACGGUCUCUGUCAUUGGAGUCCUUCGACACUCAGCUGGAACUGAUCGCCCUGGAGAACGAGGAGGCGGACGCCUCCAAUGACAUCACGUUCCAGCAGCAGCAGCAGCAUCAGGUUGGGGCACAAGUGAAGCGCCCCAGAAACGGCAAUGGAACUCCCAUCAAGGAAAAGAGCAGCAGCUUGUGGGGAUCGCUAGGAUUCUUCCACACCUCGCAGGGCCUGGAGUUCGCCCAGAAUGAGGCCCAGCUGCACGACAUGAACAAGCAGCAGCAGCAGCAGCAGCAGCAGCGUAUGAUCAAUUCAGCUGUGGCGAACACGUCCUCAAUCCACCAUCAUCAUCAGCUGGAGCAGCAGCAGCAGCUGCAACCAGCUGUGCACCAUGUACAUUUAGAAAAUCGCCCUGUCUCCGAAAAGCAAUUUCUGCAACCACAGCAACAGCCGAUGUCUACGCAGGCAGCGGCGGCCGAUGCAGAGGCUAUCAAGAGACAGCGCAGGCUGAGAGUGUUCCAGGAAAUCACUCUCUUCCCUGGAAGUCCCCAGCACGUGGGCGUAUGAACGCGAGGGGCAGGCGGGCGCAGCGAAAAGAGCUCGUCGCGUCCUCAGUGCUAAUCAGUCGAUCACAUUUUGUAGCAACCUCGGCGUUCAUCAGCGUUGUAGAUUUCCGAUUCCCGGUCGGAUGGAUCGAGCGGGAGUCAAGAUUAGAUAGAAGAGAAGAUUCAUUCCUUGCUCUGUACUCAGUAGAAGACACAGCUCGGAAUCACACCAAACCUGACGCUGAGCCCUCCAUUCUAAGGGCUCAGGGCCGGAAGGUAUUAGGAUGAAGCAAAAGCAGUAGCAGCACCAGCACCAGCAGCCGCAGCAGUUUAGCAGUAGAGGUAAGUGUACGAAUGUGUACAUCACUUCUUCUGUCUCUCGUGAUUAUAAGAGAGACGACAACUAUUGUAGGUAGAUGAUGGCUGGCUGGCUAGCUGGCUGGCUGUAGGCUUAAAAUCAGCACUAAUCUGUGGCCGCAAGAGCGACCUUCUCGGUCGUGGCCCAUACAGCAGCAUCAGAGAGUACCAUUCUGUGUAGUGGGGAGUAAUUAUCAGCACUCAUCACAUCGACGAGUACCAGAUCGUUAAUGUGGAAGCAGAAGGCGGUGUAGGCAAGGCAGCAAGACGGACGCAAGGCGGCGGGCAGGCAAGCAGGCAGGAAGGAAGGAUAGCAGUGUAGGAAGGAAGGAAGGAAGGCAGAGCGGCGAGGAGUCGUUUGAUUACUCUAUUAGAUUAGAGUUGAAAGCUUAAGCAAAGUAGAUAACAGAUGCAAGCAAGCGAUUGGCUGGCUGGCUGUGUUCAUAGUUCCUAUCUUUUUCGACGCAUAGAUGGUGCGAACUCUCAAAUUGUUAGAAUUGUUCAUCCGUUAAUGAAAUCA